CCGAGUCUCACCGCAUGGUUCGAUCGUUUUGUCCUUGGUCGACUAUUCACGUGACUAGCUGCUUCCUCGCCCUCCGACUUAGAUAUCAAAUUUUUAUGGCUUAUGGCGCCAUUCUGCCAAUAACACUAGGUCACCGUUGAACCCAACGACACAGCGAACGGCUCACUGGCGGCUGACACGUUCUCUGCACAUCUCAUAAUCGUUGUCCAGGGGACUGACCUGAUCCACUACGACUGCAUCCAAAUGCGAGCACGAGCCAAAAAGAUGCGCACACUGCGGAACACGCAAAUGAUAAAUGUGCUGAUACAACCGCCCGGAUGUGAUGGCACGCCUCGCGCGCAUGGAUAUCGCGCUUGGGUACAUCGCUAACAAUACGCUCACUGCUGUCGCCUUGGACUUGUCAAGUAGUCUAUCGGCGGACAGUUCAUCUUUUGGAUGGUUAUCGGGGAAUCUACCCUGUUCCUUCAUUGCCGCGAAUUAUGCUCUUUCUGGUCACCUUGCUGGUGAAAUCGACUGCGAUCGUCACGUCUCACUUUCAGCGAUAGGUGCCUCAUUGACUACAUCCAAGGUUCAAAGUUUGGCAUCGACAGAACUUCACGUUUGCACUGAGGAACAGGAUGUCUGGGUGCAAGACUCAAAACAACCCUGGUAUAGCGACUGGCGAACACUCGCCGCUGCCUUGGCGAUUUGUUCUGUCUACUGUGUUGUGGAAGCUAGUCAGGGCUUCCGCGGCAAUCUCAGCACAAGUGAGAUAGCCUUCUAUCUGGGUGAUACGAUUCCCGUCUGCUUGGCUAUAUUUGUGUACAUUCCAUUCUGGCCCGGAAGGUUCAUAAAGAAUAGUAGCCAUCCCUCUUCUUCGUCUGCCCGUAAACAAUACUCGUCGUCCUCACAGCCUCAACAGGAUUGCUACUUGACUUGGCCUCCAGGGGAUUUCCCAAUCAUGGUUACUCAGCGUCACCUUAUGCAUGGCGGAGACUCGGCGAGAAACGAUCAGCACUAUGCUCAGAAGUACAAUUUCCUCGAUGUCCCUAUUUAA